AUGCCUAGGCCCAGAAUGACAAAAAAUGAAAUUGAAAUUGAACUUCACAAGGCGUUUUCUCACAUAAAAGUAACAGAUGGAUUCAAUUGCGUCCACCUGAAUGGUGAUGUAACUACCGAAGACUUGUUACAUUUCGUAUUUUACAAUAAAACAAUCACAGUUGAGAAAGACGAAAAUCUGAGAUUGCAGUCUGUAGAAAAGAAUCGAUUCAUAAACGAGCCAACGUGCUACAAUUGUGGAAUUUCUGGUCACGUUUCAAGGGAUUGUCCCACGCUUGAGGAGCGAAGAUGCAUGUGGUGCGAUAUAAUGCACAAGGGAGAACCAUGUAGCAUGAUGUUCUGUGAAAAUUGUGGCAAUUUGGGACACCUGGAAAAUUCAUGUAGAGAAAGAAAGAACUACCAGAGCGAAUGCAGAGUCUGUAAAGUGCAUCAUGACGCCAGAAACUGUCCAAGGAAAUGGAGAAAAUACACGUUGAAUCGUAAACCAGAAAAGAAGAUUCUUUCAUGUCCAAUGUGUUUGUCAGAUUCCCACGGAUUCGGAGAUUGUGACCAAAUGGAAGAGCACUUCAUCGCAAUUGGAAAGAAUUGGGCAAAGGUAACCAGAACAAAUGAAGCAAAAAGAAAGAAAUAA